GCCCGAGUUGCGCGAAACGCGAUGGAUCCGUUGUUCACUGAAUAAUCUAACGACCAGUCGAGAAACUUUUUAUCAUUUCGACGCUCAAGUCGAAUGUUGUACCGGUGUGUGUGAUAAACAACCGUGUGGCGCGAUGGAGUGGUCAAAAGACAAAACAUUGAAACUUGUUGAGUUGCUUCAAGUGAACGCUAGCCUCUGGAACCCAUCACUGUGCGACACACGCAGAGACAAACAGAAGCGCAAAGAAGAAUUACGGGGCAUAUCCGACAUUCUUGGAAUAUCAGUUCCAGACGUUACAAAAAAAAUACAACACCUAAGGACUCAGUAUAACAGAGAAUCCGCGAGGGAAACAAGGGUCAAUGCCGAGGAUCCCAACGACAGAUAUGUGAGCAACUGGUACGCGUUUGAAUAUCUACACUUCAUGAAGGAUUCUAGUAAACCAUACAGAGUUAUACAACCGGACGAACAGUCUGAAGUCAGUAGCAAUUUAUCAACUCAUACGCACAACCCUAUUGUAGAUUGCAAACUACUCAAUCUGUCACCAGUUCAUAAAGUGCCACGUAUUGAAUCUACCCCGCCAGUGAAGUCAGAAUUCAACCAACAAACUACACCACAUAGCAGGGAUGAGUUCACAGUCUUUGGUGAAUACAUAGCCAAUGAACUAAGAUCUUUGAAAGGAGAAAAAAACCUAUUGGUUGCAAAGAAAAAGAUACAAGAUGUCAUAUUUGAAGUGAAAAUGGGCAUGAUUUGUGAACCACGGACUGAGAAUGCUACAACAGUAUACACUCACAAUGGUAGUAAUUUGCAAAUCGGAAAGAUUUAUAGUACACCAGCUGUGAUGAGCACUGCUACUCAUAUGGAGCCUUUGAAUACAAGUCAAACACCUCCAACAUCAGGGAUAAGUGAAAUUAUUAUUAAUGGUGCCUGCCACUAUACUAAUUUCAAAGUUGACUCUCAAUAGCAAUGCCAUCCACUUCCUAAUGAGGAAGUGGACAAAGGUGAACCUUAUACUUUAAGAAAUUAAGUCUAAAUAUAUAAGAGGACUUUACUUACUUACUUUACUAGACUCCCAUAUCAAAGCUCUACCAAAGCUCUAUUAACAAUCAUACUAAGGUAACUCCAACCAUAUUAAUUACCUGUCUGCCAAUUUCAAAUUGCAUUUCAUUCAAGUUGUUUAUUACCAUGAACACAAUUUUAUUGUAAAGAAAAGUUACUCGGAGCUUUUUGUUACACUCUGUAGAGCCACAUACAGGUGUUAUACCAAUUAAAUGCA